GUGGUCACUCCCCAAUCCAGGCCAGGAAGGGGAGGAGUCUGAGCCGUGUCCCACCCCUUUCCCAGUAAACUUCUGCCGCUCCCAGUUUGGCUGCAGGAGUUGGAAGAGCGGAGGGGUCCCUGCGCACAGCCUGAGCCUUCCCCAUGGUGUCGGUGACCAGAUCCGUGUUUGGAGAGCUGCCCUCCGGGGCAGGGACAGUGGAGAAGUUCCGGCUGCAGUCGGACCUGCUGGGAGUGGACAUCCUCUCCUGGGGUUGCACCAUCUCGGCCCUGGAGGUCAAAGACAGGCAGGGCAGAGCCUCGGAUGUAGUGCUGGGCUUUGCCGAGCUGGAAGGGUACCUCCAGAAGCAGCCCUACUUUGGAGCCGUGGUGGGCAGGGUGGCCAACCGGAUCGCCAAAGGAACAUUCACUGUGGACGGGAAGGAGUAUAAGCUGGCCAUCAACAAUGGGCCCAACAGUCUGCAUGGAGGUAUCAGAGGGUUUGAUAAGGUCCUCUGGACCCCUCAGGUGCUGCCGAAUGGCGUCCAGUUCUCCCGGGUCAGUCCAGACGGUGAGGAAGGCUACCCGGGGGAGCUGAAAGUCUGGGUGACAUACACGCUGGAUGGUGGGGAGCUCGUGAUCAACUACCGCGCGCAGGCCAGCCAGACCACGCCCGUGAACCUGACCAACCACUCCUACUUCAACCUGGCCGGCCAGGGUUCCCCAAAUAUUUACGACCACGAAGUCACCAUAGAAGCGGAUGCCUUUUUGCCUGUGGACGAAACCCUGAUUCCUACAGGAGAGGUGGCCCCGGUGCAAGGGACCGCGUUUGACCUGCGGAAGCCGGUGGCGCUCGGGAAACACCUGCAGGACUUCCACGUCGACGGCUUCGACCACAACUUCUGCCUGAAGGGCUCCAAGGAAAAGCACUUCUGUGCCAGGGUCCAUCACGCCGGAAGCGGGCGGGUGCUGGACGUGCACACCACCCAGCCCGGCGUCCAGUUUUACACGGGCAACUUCCUGGACGGCACCCUGAAGGGCAAGAGCGGCGCCGUCUACCCCAGGCACUCCGGCUUCUGCCUGGAGACCCAGCACUGGCCCGACGCCGUCAACCAGCCCCACUUCCCUCCUGUGCUGCUGAGGCCCGGCGAGGAGUACGACCACACCACCUGGUUCAGGUUCUCAGUGGCUUAAGGACGUGUGAAGACCCGACCGCUCGAGGGCCACGCUGGGAGCCCAGCAGCAGCCUGUCUCCUAUUCAGAGAUGAGAUGGCGAUUAGAGGCUUUAAAAGUGAUCCUGCGAAUUAAAAUUACACAACUGGAAGCUGUCAUGA